AUGUAUGCGUACGGUGGCGGGUUCGACCCGAACAACCCCGAGCAUCUAUACAACAUGGCUCGAUCCGGGAUGAUGCGCAGACCUGCCGUGCAGCGCUUCGACGAAUACUACCGGUGCUACCCCAUCGUAAUGGCACCUGGUCCCGACCGCCCCGAACUCAACUACGGAUCCAAGAUCUUCUUGCCGCCUUCCGCCCUCGACAAGGUGUCGAAGUUGCAUGUCCAGUGGCCGCUACAGCUGGAGCUCAUAAACGGCGAGAAGGGCAAGCAUACACACUCGGGUGUCUUGGAGUUCUUGGCUGAGGAGGGCAGGGCCUAUCUGCCCCAAUGGCUCGAUGUUGGAGAUAUGAUUCAGAUCAAGACGACCUCCUUGGAGCUGGCAAAGAUGGUGAAGCUGCAGCCACAGUCAGUCAACUUCCUGGAUAUAAGUGAUCCCAGGGCUGUCUUGGAGCGUGCUUUCCGAAACUUCGCCGCCUUGACCAAGGGUGACGUCUUCAGCUUCGAGUACAACGACACCGUGUUUGAUGUUGCAGUGCUAGAGGUCAAGCCCGAGACAGACAAGAUGGGCGUGAGUAUGAUAGAGACAGAUGUGUCAGUCGAGUUCGCGCCGCCUGUUGGCUACGUCGAGCCGAAGAAGCCCACCGGGAGCGGAACCAGCACACCAAGAAGCACGCGCGGCGGUGUUCCCGCUGGCGGCAUGCUGCAUAGUCAAGGCACCAUGGCGCAGGCAAUCAACUACGAUUCUAUCGCCCCUUCAGCUGCUGGCGCAGCGGCGUCAAACUUCAUGGGGCUGGGACAGAAGAUUGGCUCUAAGAAGGGAAGCAAAGCUCCCACUCCAAAGCCGGCUACUCCAGUUGCUGGAACUUCGACAAACAACGAUCCCUCUGCCACCCUACGGAGAAGUAAUGGCCCCAUGCCGCUCCGCCUUCCCCCGAACAAAUUGUUCCUAGGUUAUGAGAUCAUCCCCGUCAAGACCAAAGAGCAAAAGGAGCAGGAGAAUGAAGACGCUCAGAGACCUCAUUUUGCCGGUCAGGGCCAGACCCUCCGAGGAGCUGUCAAGAGAAAGGGCGACGUUGGCGAGCAGCCAAAAGCCCCCGAGAAAAAGACUUACGAGGCCCGUAGAUUGGACGGUAAGAAGGCUUGA